UAAUGCUCCAACAAUAGACGAAGUCGCCAUCCUGAUUGUUGGUGAACAAUUUGGAAACCGCGAUAUUGUGCUUAAACGUCGCGAUACUGGGCAACUGCAACAAAUAUCUGAAACUCAUCGAUCAUAUGACGCGUUGCAAUACCCGCUAAUGUUUUGGCAAGGAGAAGAUGGAUAUUAUUUUAAUAUUAAAAUGAUUAAUCCAUUGAAUGGUGAAGAAACUACAAAGAAAGUAAGCUCAAUGAAUUAUUACGCAUAUCGUUUGAUGAUUCGUCAAAAUACUGACAACUAUUUGCUGCGGUUUCGUCGAUUGUUUCAGCAGUACUGCGUUGACAUGUAUGUAAAAAUAGAAACUGAACGUUUAACAUUCAUUAGGUUGAACCAAUCCAAACUGCGUUCUGAGGAGUACAUCCAUUUACGUGAUGCAGUUAGUACUGAAGAAAAUGCAGCUAAUAUUGGGCGACUAACUAUUCUGCCAGCGACGUACAUUGGUAGUCCACGUCAUAUGCAUGAAUAUGCACAAGAUGCAAUGACAUAUGUUCGUCAUUACGGUCGGCCAGAUCUUUUUAUUACUUUUACCUGUAAUCCAAAAUGGAUAGAAAUUACUCAAUUGCUGCUUCCUGGACAAACAUCAAAUGAUAGACCCGACAUCACAGCACGUAUUUUCAGGCAAAAAAUUCGGUCUCUGAAGAACUUUAUUGUUAAACAACGCGUCUUUGGAGAUACUCGAUGCUGGAUGUAUUCAAUCGAAUGGCAAAAGCGAGGCCUGCCGCACGCACAUAACAUCUCUAUCUUAUGGCGUGACAACCCAAAUCAACAAGUCAAGGCUUAUACGCUCGAUACGGUUACCUACGGCACUAAGCCGGCUGCAUUUCUGGCAAUUCGUGCUAUGCAGCAGCUAUCCUAUGAUGAGAAAGCUGAGUUCCCGUUGGCAGCCAAAAUAGUUCGCAGAGACUUUUAUGUAGACGAUCUCAUAUCUGGAGGUGACUCGAUCGAGGAGCAGCUCAAAUUCGUGAGCAGAAUGCCGCAGAUUCAGGAUCUCACCAAAGGCAUGAUAUGGCGUCAUGUACCAACACACUGGAACCCUGCCGAUAUAUUAUCGCGUGGAUGUUCACCUCUCGAGCUCUUGGAGUCGAACCUAUGGCGAGAGGGACCUCCAUUUUUACGUUCGGAUUCAUCGUGCUGGCCAAAUAAAGCGCCUAUUGUGGACGACUUGCCUGAACGUCGUCGCAUGGUUUUAGUUGUAACCGAGAAGCAGGAUAUCCCAUACGAUUGCAAAUUUCAAAACUCAUUUGGAAAGCUGCAGGCAUCAUCAGAAGAGCUGUUGGCAAGUUGGCCGUUCUGCCCUUUGAGACCACCUCGUCUGUCAGCGUGA